UGGCAGCUGCUGCGGGCGCUGCCGGAGGAAUCUCGCGGAAUCAGAGGUGGUGGCGCAAUGGAGGGACUGGAAGAAAAUGGAAGUGUCCAAGUUGGAGAAUUGUUACCAUGCAAGAUUUGUGGAAGAACAUUCUUUCCAGUGGCAUUAAAAAAACAUGGACCUAUUUGCCAGAAAACUGCCACUAAAAAACGGAAGACUUUUGAUUCAAGCAGACAAAGAGCUGAAGGAACUGAUAUUCCAACAGUAAAGCCUCUUAAACCUAGGCCUGAACCACCAAAGAAACCAUCUAAUUGGAGAAGAAAACAUGAAGAAUUCAUUGCCACCAUAAGAGCAGCUAAAGGCCUUGAUCAGGCACUUAAAGAGGGUGGAAAACUUCCUCCUCCUCCUCCACCUUCUUAUGAUCCUGAUUAUAUUCAGUGUCCAUAUUGCCAAAGGAGGUUUAAUGAAAAUGCAGCUGAUAGACAUAUUAACUUCUGUAAAGAACAGGCAGCACGUAUUAGUAACAAAGGCAAAUUUUCUACUGAUACCAAAGGAAAGGCAACUUCUCGGACACAGUAUAAGCCGCCUGCACUUAAAAAGUCAAAUUCUCCUGGAACUGCACCAUCAGGAUCUUCACGAUUACCACAACCAAGUGGCACUAGCAAAACUGUUGUAGGUGUGCCUUCAGGUAAAGCGUCCUCAGUUAGCAGCUCUUUGGGAAGCAAACUUCAGACCUUAUCUCCCUCCCAUAAAGGGAUAGCAGCUCCUCAUGUAGGUAAGAUGGACAAGUUAGGCCCUCCACUUCGAACUGGAAGACAUGUGCAAAGGUUGUAUGACAGUGAUACAAAAUCAGACAGUGCCAUCAAAAGACAUGAGUUAUUACCCAUUUACAAAACUAACAUCAAACCUCGAAAUUCCACACCACCUAGUUUGGCACGAAAUCCUGCUUCAGGUGUGCUUACAAACAAAAGAAAAACAUACACUGAGAGCUACAUAGCCAGGCCAGAUGGAGACUGUGUAUCUUCACUUAAUGGCGGAAACAUUAAAGGCAUGGAAGGAAAUUCAACAGGACACUUACCAAAAUUCUGCCACGAGUGUGGGACUAAAUACCCUGUAGAAUGGGCAAAGUUCUGCUGUGAAUGUGGCAUUCGAAGAAUGGUUCUGUGAACAGAGUCCAAAAAAAAGCUAAGUCUAAAAUUUUAUGACUGUUGCUGCUUGGACAGCUAAGCACUUCCUCUAGUGAAUUUAUGCUAAAAUUAUUCAAAAUACUUUUUUCAGCAAUUUUUGAAGCAUAAUCUUUGGCUGUGUAAUGUGUGUGUGUAUAUAUUUGUGUACAUAUACUGUGUAUAAUAAAUACCUGAUGCCCCAAACUGUGCCAUUCAAGGAAAUAUUCACUCAUCUGUCAAAAUAAUUUCAAGUGGAAUCAUUAACUUAGGUGUUACUUUUCUGUUAUUGUUGUUAAAGCACAUGAAGCAUACCUCCACAAAAUCAAACACUAGUGCUCAGUCCUUCAAGCUUUAGGGAUGAUCAUUACCUUGAGCAAAAAAUCAGAACAAACAUAUUUAUUAUCGGUGCCUAUUUUCAGAUAGUAUCAUAGGAUGGGAUGCUUGAAAUUUUGGAAAUGAAGAGAAUAUUUUUAGUUACAACUAGUUAUGUGAGAUCAUUUCUGUAGAGCUUGCCAACAAUUAAUUUUAUAAAUAUUAAAAAAGAAAGGAAAAAAGCCCCACGGGUCUAGGUUGUCCUUUACUCAGUAUGUCACUAAUUUUAUAAUUUAAAGGUCUUUACUCAUUCUUUAAAAUGUAAUUAUGCAG